UUACUGUUGCUUGCGUUGAUACCAUUAUCCUUUUGUCAGAACAAAGAUCGAGUUCGUUAACAAUCGGUUGUACUAGCAACGAUGAUAACCGAAGAUGGCUCCUCGGGCGGAUCCUAGCACCGUCAUAACAUUAUUAACAGGAACACGCUCUUUGGCAGAGAGUCUCAUGAGUCUCAGUAACCGCGGCAGAUUCCGAUCUCCACUCUCCACUCUCCACUCUCCCUCUCAGGUCCAUUCUUCAUUGGUGUCCCUGUUCUGCUUGCUCAAUAGUAUCUCACACAUCCUGAGUUCGAGACUCGCUGCGAUUUAUCAUCAACCCAAGCAGAGAUUGCACAGGUCACAAAAAAUCUUCAUCACAUCGACUCGGGUGUGCUGAUUAUCAAGAAUCUUAGAAAUCGGUUAUGAUAGACGAAUGAUACUAAGGUAGGUACCAUACUAGAAACCAGUUGAUGAAGGCAACGGACUGAUGGUUUCGACAUCAUCCGCCC